GGAGCGCCACACUCUGCGCCGAGGCAGCCUUCGUGGUCGCUGUGGGGCGCGCGGUGCGGCGGAACGCGCGCGACCAUGUGGCGUCUGCUGGCCCGUGCCAGUGCGCCCCUCCAGCGAGUGCCUUUACCAGGUUCCUGGGCAGCCCCGCCCGCCAGUGCUGGCCUGAAGACGCUGCUCCCGGUGCCAGCUUUUGAGGAUGUUUCCAUUCCUGAAAGGCCCAAGCUUAGAUUUGUUGAAAGGGUACCACUUGUGCCAAAAGUGAGAAGAGAACCUAAAAAUUUGCGUGACAUACGGGGACCCUCAACUGAAGCCACCGAGUUCACAGAAGGCAGUUUUGCGAUCUUGGCACUGGGUGGUGGUUACCUCCACUGGGGCCAUUUUGAAAUGAUGCGCCUGACGAUCAACCGCUCUAUGGACCCCAAGAAUAUGUUUGCCUUGUGGCGAGUGCCAGCCCCUUUCAAGCCCAUCACCCGCAAGGGUAUGGGGCAGCGCAUGGGCGGCGGCAAGGGUGCCAUCGACCACUACGUGACUCCUGUGAAGGCCGGCCGCCUCAUAGUAGAGAUGGGGGGACGCUGUGAAUUCAAAGAGGUGCAAGGUUUGCUCGACCAGGUGGCCCACAAGCUGCCCUUCCCAGCAAAGGCCGUGAGCCGUGAAACUCUAGAGAAGAUGCGGAAAGAUGAAGAGGAACGAGAACGUAACAACCAAAACCCCUGGACCUUUGAGCGCAUAGCCACUGCCAACAUGCUAGGGAUACGGAAAGUACUGAGCCCAUAUGACCUGACCCAGAAGGGGCGAUACUGGGGCAAAUUCUACAUGCCUCACCGUGUGUAGUGAGAGUAGGAGAAAGGAAUGUACAGAGGGGAGGAAUUGACAUUUUUGUUCCCCUCAGCUACCCAGAAAGUCUUUGGGCGGCUCUGAUGUCACAACCAGGGAGCUGCAUAUGAGUGCUGUAGGUGAUUUCUGAAAAAUUGUACGAUACCUGAUUUAAGUGCAUUAUAUUUAUAUUAAAUAAGAUUUGAGUAUCACCUUCAGUUGUAACUUCUCAUGGUCACUCUUAAUCUCUUAAAUGACUAAGAGACAGGCCUGAUGGGCUCAGGAGCCCUGGUCCUCCCUGGCCGUACGGUGAGCAUCGUCAGGGCCACAGCAGGUGUUUGCAUCUCCCACUUCAUCUGCAGAUCGGACUGUAUAUCUGCACUACCUCUGUGUGUACACACUGCAGGAACCAGGCUAUGGCAUUUUACUAGUUACAAGUGAAAACUAAUGUUUUUGCAAAAGCAAAUAAAAUGACAGUA